AUGUUACGAAAUAAACAUCAAAAGGCGAAUAUUGCUACACUACCUUUUCGUAUUCGUAAUAAUUUUAGAAGAGAAGAGCAUAAUAAUGAUGGUGAUGAUCAUGAUUAUUUGGAACAACGAGACGAUGAUAAUUACUUUGAACAAAGCGACGAUGAUCAUUUAGGAUAA